GCGAAAUUAAAACAAACCCAAAUAUUUAUCUACGUUGAAUGAUAGAAAUUUUUAUAAUUUCAAACUAACCUCGAAUUAAUCUUUGUGUAGCUGUAUAUAGCCAAAAAAAAAUAUUUUUUUAAUAAUUGACAAUGCACAAUGGCGUGGCUGUCAGAUCUUGCUGGUAAAGCUGAAAAUUUAUUGAAUAAAAUAGAUAAAAAUACAGCUGCUGUUUUGAGUAAAGAUAAAAAUGAUAUAAUUUUACAUGAUGAGUUGACAGAUAUUACUUGGGGUGAUAAUUCACCUAAUGGACAAUCGCAAAUUACAAACACGUUAAAAAAAUUUAUUAAUAAAGAGGAUGAAUUGCAGUCUUGUUCAAACUCACCAGUGAAUUCCCCGACAAAACAAUUAAUCAGUAAUUCAAUACUCAAUGCACCGUCGACACCUUCAUCUUUGUCGGUCGAACAUUCUGUUGACAACAAAGAUUUCAUGUCGGAAUAUUCUGCUCAUAGCAGUAGAUCAUCACCUGAAUUUCCCCAUACAUUAGUCGUCGAUGUACCAGAUGUUGAUUACUUUCCCAAGUCUGAAAAUUAUCCGCCAGAUAUUUACACCAAAUUCAGUCCCGAUCUAAUAGAGGCGGAUGAUUUACAAAAUGGAUUGACGGAGAAUAAUGUGAUAGAAAAUAAACUGGAGACCAUGAAACAAUUUGAUGAUUUUACAAAUGAAAAUAAUAAAAUGACUCCAGAAUUUAUUAAAAAAAAUUAUGAAGAGGAAAAUAAAUUACUAUUGCAACAGAAUAAUAAUAAUAAAAAGGAGAUUGAAGUGUUGAAAGAAAAAUUACAAUUGCAAGAAACAGAAGUGACUCAGUACGUAAGAGAAAUUUCAAAUUUACAAUCAGUACUGGAAAGAAAUCGUUUAGAUUUACAGUCAACUAGGGAAGAAUUGGAACGAUACCGAGCGAGGGCAUUAAAAACAUUACAAGAAAAAGAUAAAUUAAUUGCUGAACUUAAGUAUUCUAACUCUCCUGUUAUUGCCGAUAGUUCAGAUACGGAGUUAAAUCAAUUGAACCAAGAGUGUGAUUCUCUCCGACAAGAAAAUCAACAACUAUGUCGACAAUUGAAAGUUGCUCAAGAAGAAUUAAUUAAUGCUGAUUUAAAAAUUGAAGAAAUUAAUAAAAAAAUUAUAGCGACAAAUAGAGAAACGUAUGAAAUUAUUUCAAGUGAAAAAAAGAAGCGUGUCGAAGCCGAAGAAGAUACACGAAUGCAUUUAGAAGAAACUAGAGCGCUCAAACAUGAACUAUCGUCUCAACGUGAGAGCUGGUCGAUUAAAUUACAAAAACAAGAAAUUGAAAUUUCACGAUUAAAAUCACAAUUAUCAGCAAUAUCAACACCAUCAAGUGCAAUUGAGUCACGAUUGUCAGCGUUGACUCAAACAUUAGUAUCAAAACAAAAUGAACUUGAAGCUUUGACUUCAGACAGAAACGCAUUACGGUUGCAGUUAGAAAAAAGAGAUCAUGAAUAUCGAAGGCUCGUAGGGAGUUCAAGAAAAUUUAAUUUUACUAAUGAUACUGAUGAUGCUAAAUCCCAAGUGCCAACAUUUUUAAUCGAAUCACCAUUCGACACGGGAGUUACUCGCAGAGUUAAAAGAGCUUAUUCUACAUUAGAUACAAUAAGUAUCAGGAUCGGGGUUUUCUUAAGACGAUAUCCUUUGGCACGCAUAUUUGUUAUUAUUUAUAUUACUUUUCUCCAAUUUUGGGUGCUAGUGGUGCUAUUUUUUCAAUCGCAUUCAUUGAUGUAAAAAUGUACAAAAUAUUGCCUGUAAAUAAAAAUUGCGAUUAUUUUUAAUUAAAUAAAUUAUUU